AUAGACGAAAGCCCCUUUGGAAAAGUUUACAAAGCGACAUGGGAAAAUUCUACGAUUGUUCUUAAGAGCAUAACCAUUGACACUAGCCAAAUCGAUAGCGAAAUUAUUGGUGAAAUUAAGCAUGCAAUUAAUACCGAUAAUAUCACUCCCAUUGAAACUACUAUUAAUAAUAAAACUAUUAUUACUAAUGCGAUUAAAUUGUUUAUUAAUGAGCUUCGGAAGUUAGCUGCUGUUGAUAAACAUAGACAUCCAAAUAUUAUCCAAUUUUAUGGAGUAACUAAUGAAUUAAAAAUUAUGCGACUUUCUUUAAUUGAUGAUCAAAUGGAUUCUCAAGAAAAAUGGAUUGAACGUAAAAUCAUUGAAGGGAGAAUUAAUGAGCAUAAGAUGGAUGAAUUCGAAGAUUAUAAAUUUAUUAAUAGUGGUGCUUUUAGUCAAGUUUAUAAAGCAAGAUUUAAAAGUACAAAGAAUAUAUGUGCAUUGAAGAUUAUUGAAAAAAAUAACCAUACUAAUAAAGAAAUUCUAAAUGAGGAUCCAGCAACUCUACCAGAUAGGAUAAAGAACGGACUACGGGAAAAUCCGAUUGCUGAUACACAUCAUGAAUAUGUUGCUAUUUAUAAAAGAUGUUGGCGGAAUAUGCCAGAUGAUCGACCAUCCAUCGAAGAAGUAGCUUUGGCAUUUGAAGAUUUUAUUUUUCAAGGCAUUACAGACAAUGAAAGUUUUGAUUUAUCCGAUAUAUCAGAAUUUGAAGAAUUUAUUAAGAACACCUUCGAAAGUAUUAAAGACAAUAAUAUUAAAUUAAAUGCCAUGGUGGAUGAAAUGACUCUCUUAGUAGAUAAUCUAUAUUCGACUUUUAGUAAACUAUUUAAUGAAGGUAGAUCAGUUAGAGAUAUAAUUAUCAAUUUCAUAUCCAAAAGUGAUAAAACCAAUGAAGAAGUUUUUCAAUGGUUAUUGACAAAUAACAGUCAUUCAAAAUAUAUUUGCUUACUUGGAUUGUUUUAUCGUUGGAAAAUUGGCAUAGAUGAAAAUAGUGUAGCGACUCUUAAUUUAUUCAGUGAUGCGGCAAGAAGAGGAGAUGCUAUUGCACAAUAUUUUGUUGGAAGGUGUUAUGCAGAAGGUUGGAACACUAAUAGGGAUACGAAGGAGGCAAUUAAAUGGUACAAGAAGGCAGCUGAUAAUGAAUGUGCAGUAGCGGAACACAUGCUUGGAGAGUAUUAUUAUAAGCUUAGAAGAUAUACUAAUGCAUUUUAUUAUCUCAAGAGAGCAACUGAAAAUGGAAAUAUCAAAGCGUUGAAUACCUUAGGAUUAUGUUACCAAAAAGGUCAAGGAACAAAUACUAAUUUGAUUGAAGGAUUUAGAUCAUUUGAAAAAGCGGCAUUAUGGGGACUAACUACUUCGCAAUAUGAACUUGGAAAUUGUUUCGAAUACGGUGUAGGUACACAAAUAAAUUUGGAAAAAGCAUUAUAUUGGUAUCAAAAAGCUACAGAAGUAAAUCCUAAUUAUAAAAUUCAUCUGACACGCACUGAAAUUAAAAUCAGAAAUCAUUAA